CCAUGUGAAGAAGAAAGUGAACAACCUCCGGAGCCAUGUGAAGAAGAAAGCGAACAACCUCCGGAGCCAUGUGAAGAAGAAAGUGAACAACCUCCGGAGCCAUGUGAAGAAGAAAGCGAACAACCUCCGGAGCCAUGUGAAGAAGAAAGUGAACAACCUCCGGAGCCAUGUGAAGAAGAAAGCGAACAACCUCCGGAGCCAUGUGAAGAAGAAAGUGAACAACCUCCGGAGCCAUGUGAAGAAGAAAGCGAACAACCUCCAAAACAACAUGAAGAAAGCGAACAAGAAAGUGAACAACCUCCGGAACCAUGUGAAGAAGAGAGCGAACAACCCCCGGAACCAUAUGAAGAAGAAAGCGAGCAACCUCCGGAACCAGAGAGCGAACAACCUCCGAAACCAUAUGAAGAAGAGAGCGAACAACCUCCGGAACCAUGUGAAGAAGAAAGCGAACAACCUCCGGAACCACAUGAAGAAGAGAGCGAACAACUUCCGGAACCACAUGAAAAAGAGAGCGAACAACCUCCGGAACCAUGUGAAGAAGAGAGUGAACAUCCUCCGGAACCAUAUGAUGAGGAAGAUGACCAUCUUCCGGAACCAUAUGAAGAAGAGAGCGAACAACCUCCGGAACCAUGUGAAGAAGAAAAUGAACAACCUCCGGAACCAUAUGAAGAGGAAGGCGAACACACUCCGGAACCAUAUGAAGAAGAAAACGAACAACCUCCGGAACCAUGUGAAGAAAGUAAACAAUCUCCGGAAAAGUUCGAUGAAAAAUUUGAAGCUCAUGAAGCUCCGAUUGAAACGUUGCCAUCAACGACUUUUCCUGUUCUUACUGAAACUCUAACCGAAAUACAGAUAGAAACACCAACUCUAAGCGAAGCGCCACCGUCAACAACUUGUCCUUUUCCAACCGAAACACAAACAUCGAGCGAAACGUCGCAGCCAACAAUUUAUUCUAUUGAAACACAAAUCCCGAGCGAAUCGUUACCAUCAAUAUCACCUACUGGAAUUCCUACUGAAAUUCAAACUGAAGUGCAACCGACACAAAGCCAGAGCGAAGCACUACCAACAUCAUGUCCUGAUUGCGAAGAAAUCGUUUCUUAUACUGAUUCCGGUGAUGAAGUACACAGCUGG